AUGAUAGUGCAAGACAAUACCAUUUCUAGGACUCCCUUUUUCUUGAUUGCGCAGGCUCAUUUCUUGAUUUCUGAUACAUAUUUGAGAAAUUGGUGUAUUUUUUGCAUAUAUUCUAAUAGUCUGUUUGCGACCGUCGAACACACACACAACGAUUGUUUCGACCGAAUUGGAAGCAGCCUUUAA